AUGACGGACACACCGCGCUUCACGUUUCGGUUCACCAAGGACAACCUGGCCGUCACGAAGGCGCUCGUCAAGGCCGGCGCCGACCUCGAGGCCAAGGCCGCCUGCUUCACACUGGGUCCAGACUUGACAGAAGGAAAUACACCGCUCCACCUGGCCGCGGGGGGAGCGUUCGGCGAAAUUACCACGGCUUUGGUCGGCGCCGGUGCAAACGUUAACUGUCGCUUGAAAAACGGGGCGACACCGCUAUACCUUUCAGCAUGUUGUGGGAGGCUGGGAGCCGUCAGGAUUCUCAUUCGCGGGAAAGCUAAUCCUUCCUUGCCCAUGGACAUGAACCUUCCGCUGCUACGCCAGCUUGUUUGGGCCUUACUAUGCGACUCGGGUGCCGUGGACACGGACGGCACUGCUUGUUGCGCUGCGGUCGAGGGCCGCGCCACCGAGUGCGUCAAGCUCUUGGUGCGGCGACGGGGAGGGUAUGUCGGCAUUGAUGCUUGCGCCUACGUCAAUAUCGCCAAGGGGCAAGACAGCCUCAUUCAUCUGCAAAUUCGACGUGGGCACUGUUGUACUCCCAGGGUGGAGGCCGAGACUAUUUUCUACAUGGACAUGGAUGCAGUGGAUGGGUUGAAGGGCGUCACGGACACCGUUCGCGGAACACCUCCGGCCCGGCGCGCUCGGGGACGCCCCGUCAGCUUCCCCGAGCAGCACGACGCCAUCAACAAUACUGGUCAUCCCACCCGACGCUCGACGCUCGGCGAGAGGAAGGCGCUGUGGAAAAAGGUUGCGGUAGAUCUGAAGAAGUUGGUGAAAGGAGAAAAGGCGUACUUUAGCACGCACGGCAGCGGCUUGCACUGGGUGCACAAGAUGGCGAGCGCCUUGGGAACAAAGGCUUGUGAGACGGAGUUCAUCGUGGUAGGGUACGAGCACGAAAACAUCAAAAUGGCAAUCAAGAUGAAGUCACAGGUCCCUGUCAACAGAAUCGUCAAGAAAAUUUUCGCAUUUUCCAACAACUAUUCCGGAGAGAUAACGUUCGACGGCGAGGACAAACGUACAUACUUGGAAAAGGCUGCGAGCAUCGUCGCCCCUCUGGAACCCAGAGAUGUGGACCCGAAGCCCCUAAUUUUCGGGGACAAAACCUUAAAAGAUCUGCUGCGCAAGAUCGACAACGCAAGGAGGGGACAGGGGGCCUCCAGGAACGUCCCGGUGAAGUGGUUCUCCGAUGACAUGGAUGACGAGGCAUGUCAUAAGAGGGAACGUGAAUUUGUCGACGACCUUGUUGGAGCAGAUGGGUCAUGGGCAGCAGUGAUGAGAUCUCCGAAGAACCAGAAAAUGGGACGGGAAAACCUUGGAUUGUUGAGCGAAGAAGCCAUCGAGGAUGUCUCGAACGGGGAGAACGAGGACGUCGAACACCACGGCACCAUGGAAUGCACGGAGGACAAGUACGACCAGAUGGUUGAAGCCCAUUAUCACGCGAAAAGGAGAAACCAAAAAAGAAAGGAAAAGGUGUUCAUGGAUUCUAUGAGGAGCAAGGCCUUGGCGACCGGCAGGCUGACCGACCAGGGUCAGUCAGGGUCAAAAAAGACGCCUGCUGCCGACAUGACUGCCAUAGAUGCCGUUGCGAUUCUGGAUCCUGGAUCAGGGCUCACAACCAUGUCAGCCGGUAUCGCGAGUAGGCUACAAGCUGCUUUUCCUGAUGUGCAGGUCGUGGGAGGCAUGCAAAACCCAGGGAAGCUGAAAGUCGCGGACGGCCGUGUGCUUGCGGUCACACAGAAAACAUGCCCCGUGCAGAUCGCUUUGCACACCAGCUGGGGGCUGGUGUCGGUGGACCCGCUCUCGUUUGCGGUCAUGCCUGGCAAUGAUGAGGUGGUCAUUCUUGGCAACCCGACGCUGAAGGCGUUGGGUAUCGAUGUUUACGAGAGCUUGGGGGCCUGUGCGCGUUCGCGCGCUAGCGUCGCGGGUGUGGAGACCGCGGCGUACAAACAAUGCCGCCGAGUUACGCUGGCUGUCGAUGCACUGCAGCAGCGCGAGGGUCCGGAGCAGGUCGAGCCGGAUCCCGCGGUCGAGCGUUUGGUGGCGCGAGGCCCCGACAUGGACAUGAGCCCGGAGGAGGAAGCAUCGGCGCGGUCUGCAUCGUUGGAUAGCGCUGUCUCUUCCGCUGCUGCCGCUGGCUUGGAGGAACCGCAUGUAGGGCGCCUGCGAGGCAUCAUCAGCGAGCGCUGGAAUGCGUUCCGCCGUGGUUUACGCCAUGGUGACCCUCCCGCGAACGUCGAGCCUCUGCGGGUCACCCUUAAGCCCGGAGCGCGGCCGGUUAAAGCACGGCCGCGGGUGUACAACCCGAUCAAGACCGCGUGGCUGGCGGGGUUGGGGUUGGUGUUCCUCAACAUGCAGGCCGUGUGGGCCAGCGCCGCGAUGGCGACUCCGAAAAAAGGGGGAUACCGGCUGGUGAGUGACUUUCGUGCGGCAAACAAGCAAGUAGAGAAGGUGCCUGGUGUGAUGCCGAACCCUGAAGCCAGUAUAGCUCAGCUCAGUGCGGCCAAGUUCUAUGGGAGCUUGGACCUCUUGCAAUGGUAUUGGCAGUGCCCGUUGGCUCCGGAGGCGCAGGAAAUUUUCACGAUUGCUACGCCGGGCGGCCUCUACACGCCCAAGAGGGUACCGCAAGGUAUUUUGAACGCCACGUCGUAUUUCCAGGCUACUCUUACGCGCAUCUUGGACGGGCUGAAUUGCUUCGUCUGGGUAGACGAUGUCGUGUAUUGGGGGAUGGAUAAAGACGACUUGCUUGACACCCUCGAUCUGAUUCUGGAUCGUCUGGAGGGGGCUGGCCUUUACGUGGCCGCCCACAAGUGCACAUUCUUUGAGACCAGCAUAACUUGGUGCGGGAAGGUGUACUCGGAGGGUCAGGUCGAGCACGAUCCUGAGCGGCUCAGCGGGUUGGCUACAAUGCGGCGUCCUGAGACGGCUGGCGAGCUGAUGCAGUUCCUGCAGGCGGUAAACUGGCUGCGCACGUCUCUACCGCGGAUGGCGGAGGUUGUGUGGCCGCUUCGCGUGUUUCUGGAGCAGCAUUUGGUCGGUGCCAAGAGCCGGACGAAGCGCGUGGCCGAGAAUCGCGCCAUCGCUGCGGAUGCGUUGACGCCCGCGCUGGUCGAAGCGUGGACUGCUGCGCAAGACCUUGUUGCUCGCGCCGUUGCCCUGUCUCACCCUAGCCCAGGUUGCGCCGUCCUCAUGUUCCCCGAUGCAUCCGAUGAGCAUUGGGGGAGCUUUCUCACACAAGUGCCCCAAGACCAGCUGGAUCGUGGCGUUCCUGUGGAGGAUAUGGCUCAUGAACCGAUGGGAUUUCUGAGCGGCACUUUCAAGGGCGCGCAGCAGCAGCGGUGGGCCACGGUGGACAAGGAAGGGUACGCGAUUGUGAGUACGUUCAAGCGGUUGGAGUAUUUGCUUUGGGAUAGCGUGCACAUUUUCACCGACCACCGUAAUCUCGCGUACAUCUUCGACCCGGAGGCCUGCGUGUCUGCCGUAGCGAAAACCACGGCUCAGCGCCUGGACCAGUGGAAAGCUGUCUUGGGCCAGUAUGAUUACACCAUCAGGCACAUUUCGGGUGAGCGCAAUUGCUGGGGGGACCUUCUGUCGCGGUGGGUCUCUGUGCCGUCGGUGAGUGUUCGCGCUGCCGCGGUUUACGCCCCCAGCGAACCUGAUGCUGCCAUGCCAUCGAAGCAAGUAGUACGUGAUGCACAACAAGCGGCGCGGAGUAAGCUCGGCGCGCUUGCCGGGCCUGCCUCGUCAUUUUCGACGGCGGUGGGGACGGCGACUCUGGAUGCUGAGGGAUUGUUUCGCGUGGGCAUGAACGGGCGUGACGUGCUGUGGAUUCCAGAUCAGGCGAGUGCGUUGCAGGUGCGACUGAUGGUCUGUGCACACAUGAAAGAAGCCGGACAUCGUGGCGCCGUCGCCACCUUGCAGCGCCUGUCCGAGUACUGUUGCUGGUUUCGGAUGGAAGAGCAUGUCACUGACUUCGUCAAGCAGUGCCUGCAUUGCAUGGACUCCAAGGCGGGAGAAAAAGUGCCUCGCCCGCUUGGAGAGACCGUCCAUGGCACGCGCCCUGGCGAAGUUGUUCAUUUUGACUACCUCUACGUGGGAGCGAGUGGCCCGCUGGGGGAUGAUGGCUUGGACGAGGAGGAAGGGUUCAAGUACAUUUUGGUCAUGAUGGACGACAUGUCAAACUGGGUUUGGCUGGAGCCCACCGGGGCAUGCACUGCCUGCCUGACUGCGCAACAUCUCCUGACAUGGUGUAAGAUCUUGGGUGUGCCGGAGGUUUGGGUGAGUGACACCGCUUCCCAUUUCAAAAAUCACAUGAUGGCUGCCCUUGAGACUGCACUCGGUGUUGACCGAAACUUUUCAGUCGCCAACUCUCCCUGGUCUAACGGUACGUGCGAGCGCAUGAUGCGUGAGGUGGUUCGGACGCUCAAGGCCAUGAUUCAGGAAGAGCGGGGGCGUACUCGUGACUGGGUUGAUCUGGUACCGGCUGUGCAAUGGGCGUUGAACACCGCUUUCCGCGAACGAUACGGCUCGACGCCGUACCACGUCAUGUUUGGUAGAGCGCCACGCACCGCGCUUUCAACUUUGGCGUCGUCCACAGGCGCCGAAUGGAAGGUAGACGUCCUGGAUGAGAAGUCUUUGCGGCUGAAGGUGCAGCACGUCGUCGAGGCCCAACGUCACCUGCACAAGGAAGUUCUCGACAAGGUCCAGGCGAGUCGGAGUAAGCACCGGGCGUCUGCGCGGGUUGGGAGCCUGCCUGACUUCGUGGUGGGGGACUACGUGAUUGUCGCCGCCGAGAGACUGCAUGUGUACGGAGUCCAGAACAUCGUGUCGGGGGAAGUUCGGGACGUCCAUGUCGCGCGUUUGCGGUUCUACGCCGAUGCCGCUCUCGAAAUCACGGCCGAGUUGAAGGAGGUCUUUCAGCAUGCUUUCACGCAGGGGGAGUUCGAGAUGGCGGCGAUCGUGGACAUGUCGGUGGCGGAAGAUGGCCCUGGGUUCGAUGUAGAAGUAGAGUGGGUCGGUUUCGACAAGGAAGAGAACACCUGGGAAGAGUUGUCCAAGAUGUGGGAUGCCGCGCCGCAGUUCGUCAAAUCCGAGCUGCGGCGGCUGGGUCUGCAAAAAAAGGUUCGGGCUCAGUUGAAGCAACAAUACGGCAUUGCCCUGUGA